AUGGAAGGACAACUCGAUACUACUGGGUCGAACUGCAAGGCGUGUGACCGUUCGGACUCGGCCGAUGCCCACAUGGUGGCCUGCGACAGUUGCCAUUUGUGGGAACAUUUCGCUUGUGCGGGCGUAGAUGAAUCAGUCAGAGAUCGUAAGUACGUAUGUAAGGAUUGUACCGCAAAGGUGGCCGGGAGUAAAACGAAACGAUCGAAGAACCUAACCGCUGACAAUAGGUCCACCAAGACAGCUGGUGGAAGAUCAGCGAAGAAGGGGCAGAAGAACCCGUCUAUUCCGGCGAGCCAGACGUCAAGUGCCCGGGCUGCCGUUUUGGAUGCGCAGAUGAGGGUAUUAGAAGAGGAAAAGGCGAUGAAAGAGCAGGAAUUGAGGGAGCAGGAGGAACUACAGCGGCGAGAGUUGGAGGAAGAACAACGUCAAAUCGAAGAGAAAAGGCAACUAAUGGAAGAGGAGCGACGAUUGCGUCAGCGCAAGUUGGAAGAGCAACGAGCCAUUCUUGCGAAACAGCAUAUGAUUCGUAGAGAAUCACUGGAAAAGAAAAGUGAGCUGAUAAAAAUGAUGUCAGAGGGCGGCAGUACCACGAGUUCAAUCCCGGACUCGCAGGAGAAGGUUAAGAGCUGGUUAGCGGAUCAACAGCAGACCCACGGAAGAUCUUUGGGCAAGACGGCACAGGAACAAGAAGCUAAACCCGAUUCCUAG